ACACUACCUGAGGCAUCGUCGGAUACCCACGGGUGAUCGCGUCUUUUACUUAUCACCCGUGGGCAAACCAGCCGAAAUAUCGCUGUAAAAUAUGCAAAUUCGUUCAUAUUGAACAACCAAUCAGAAACUCUGAUAGUAAAUUUGGAACUCUUCAGUUUUGAAAAUACGUUUUGUUGUUAACUAAACAUGCAACAAUGGCGGCGCCCAUGAAGACGUGUGGUUUUUGUAAGAAAAAUAUCCGGGAUAAAUCUUACAGGUCCUUAGCAUCAAAUAUUAGCCAAGAUCACUAUGGAAAUAUUUUCAAAAUACUGGGAAUAGCUAUGACUGGCGUUCUUUGCAAUCAGUGUGUGAAUAAACUGAACAGAAUAAGGAAAUUAAAUGGGGACAUUGAGACGAAAGUUGUGUCGUUAACAGAAGAACGCGACAAACUUUUAGCGACACUCAAAACAAUGCCAGGCAUUGUUCAACAGUGUGUAAGUACGCCUAGAAGAGGGGAAAAAAGACCGUUAGUUAAACAAACGCCGACACCAAGGUCAAGGCUCAAGAAAAGUUUAUUUUCCACACCUACCCGUAAAUGUAGUCCUGCACCUAAAGUCACACCAGAGAAAAGGGUUGUAACUCAAGUCACAAGGUCAACGCAGACAAAACAACCACGAGAAGAUUUUGAUGUUAAGAUCACAGUCAAGUACCCACAUGGUGAACGCUCCAAGUAUGUUAACACUGAACCUGAAAAAUCAGCCUUGAAAGCUAUGAUGAACAGCAAGAAACCUGAAGCAAUUAUGAAACAUUACAGGAAAAAUGAUAAAUACAAGGAUGCUAUUGUGAAUGUUGUGAAAAAAGAGAUUCAGAAAGAAAUUAAUGUUCUUGUUAGAAGAAAUGGAAAUGUCUUCCAAAAUCAAAGUUCAGAAAACCUUCUUAAAUUUGAUUGGACAGCUGUUUCUCAUGAAUUUCAAGCCAAAGCUCCUUACUUGCAUAAUAUUCUAUGUGGUGCGGCUAACCUGGAUUUGAGAACCAAGAAAAAGUUGCCUGGUGUGAUAACCUCUGCAGCUAUAUUACUUUACACAAGAUCCCAAGGACUUAAUCAGCUGCAGUAUAUCUUAGGACUUAUUGCAGACAAAUGUGGAAUGACCAAAGAGGGUUUGAAAAUACUUCAUGAUCUUGGUGUAGUUGUGUCGCCUACAAGCAUAAUGAAAAAGAAAAAACAACUUGUGAAACAGCAAGAAAAACAGAUUAUGGAAACAGUUUCAACAUAUGUAAAUCACAAACAAGAGUUCACAAGGAAUGCUUCAGGACUGUCUCCUACUGCAGGGCUUGAAAGUGAUACAGAAGUAACUUCGCUUGCUGCUUGUGGAGACAGUGAGACACAAGGCUUACCGUGCCAUGCUGCUGUUGUUGAAAGUGAAGCAGACAAAACACAGUACCAUACUGGUAGAACUGAAAGUAGUGCAGAAAACAAUUUGCUUUUUUCUGCUGCAUGUGAAAAUGAUGAUAAAUCUGAUACAGGAGAUCAUUUAGUUCAGAACAUUAUUUCAAAACCAAAGCCAAUAGAAAUUCUUGGGGAUAAUUUGGACGUCACGAUCAGUCCAGCAAAGAUGACCAUGGAGAAACAGCGCAAGAGCUUACACUGGUUCCUAGUCAUGGCCAAGCAAAAACGAAUUACAGCAGAGGACUUGAAUUUACCGUCCGAUAUGUUGAGAGAAAGAAAUGAUGUUUUACGUGUACCAACAAAUAGUUGGAUACCAUCGAUGGUACAGACUGACAGCCUUUGUAAAAACAUUGUUUUCCAUGUAUCUCACAUCCUGCUGAAGUAUAUUGAGUUUUUGAAACCUGCAAGUGCAAGCUUUCCAACUUAUAUUUCACAUCCAUACAUGGAGAAGACAAAGGAGAAGUCUAUUUUUCUCAAUUGUGACCUAAUUGAAGCCAGUGAGAAUUCUUCUCAAGGCAUGAUUACUAUACUUCAAAGAAUCCAUCACCUAGCAGUUCCACAUGUAGACAAUGAAACGCCAGAAAGAAUUGUGUUCGGUGGAGACGUUCUGACGAAUGAGAGAGCUUUUUCUGCGCAGGAGGCCAUGCAGAAUGUCCCAUCUGAAUUUGAGAGCCUUAGUGGAUUAAUUCACAGGCCAGAGGGAUUGCACAGGGAAAUGAACUUUCUUUUGGUAUACUGAGAGUGGAUGUUUCAAAAGUUGACAGUUCAAAAAGUUUGAAGUUUAUUUUUCACCUUGUUCACAUAGCAUUUACCAACUCUUCUACAAAGAAAAAAGCUCAUCAGAUGUUGGGACAUUAUACCAACUUCGCAAUCUCAUAAACAGAAGAGAUGUUUCAGGACCUGAUGAAGUAAUCAAUAAAUUCAGGCCACAUCACCAGUUCAUUGAUGACGUCACGGAUGGGUACAUUGUAGGAGCUUUCCUGGAUACCAUGGACAUGGAUGACAUCAGUUCAACACCUGUAGAUGCACCUGUGUUUUCUAUGAUGAAUAUCAA